AUGUUAUCAGCGGAACUGACGUCGACGGCGUUGUUGAAUGCGAGUUAUCAGCGCACCAACGGCCUAACAAAAGAUGAGGAUUGCCAGUCAACGUCCUUUGAAAAGUGCACAUCAGCAGCAGCAGAGGCAGCAGACACAAGCGAAGCGGCAACAUCAGCAGCAGCAGUAGCAAUGACCAAACAAUUGACAACAGCAACUGCAACAAAUGCAGCGUCAAGUAUAACACAAACGGCCAACCUAGCGCCCACGGUAAUAUCGCCCACAACAACGAGCACGACAACAACAAUAGGUGCAGAAACAGCGGUAGAUGGCGCUGUUAUUGCGGCAGCGGAGACAACAGAAACACAGGCACGGACACAAUGCGUUCUGUUGCAAGCAAAAACCAAUGAUGCCAACGGCCGUUCAGCGGCAUUGGAACGUGCCUACGUCCACGAUGUCUACGAGCACUGCGAGGAGCCCACAAGACCAGUGCGUCCUAGAGUGGCACAAUUCCUGGGCAGCCUGGAGCCAGGCUCAGUUGUCUGUGAUGUGGGCUGCGGCAGUGGGCGUUACCUAACACAGUGUAAUCCCGCUAUAUGCACCAUUGGCAUAGAUCGUUGCUAUCGGCUCAGCAAGGCAGCACAUGAAAAGGGCGGUGAGGUGGCGCUGUGCGACAAUCUGGAGCUGCCGUUUCGCGACGAUAGCUUUGAUGCAGUCCUCUCCUUGGCCGUAGUACAUCACUUUGCCACCACAGAGAGACGUGUCCGGGCUCUCAGGGAAUUGGCGCGUAUUCUUCGGAUUGGCGGCCGUGUUGUUAUUACUGUGUGGGCGCUGGAGCAGCGCCAUCGACGGUUUGAGUCGCAGGAUGUGCUCAUACCGUGGCAACCGCCCAAGAAUCGCACCCACUCCAACGCGUACUCCGAUGAGGACGAUGAUGUUGACUUCUUGCCGCCGUAUCACGCCUACACGGAGGAUUCAACAAACUCAAGUCGGUCUGCGGGCGAUGGCGACAGUUCCAGUCUGAGCUCAUCCUCACCGGGCGAGUCCUGCUAUAGUUUUGUGCGUCGUGCCAUUCAAAAACUUGCUAACGGUCGCCGACAUGCUUGGUUCCUGGACUCCUGGACAUCGAAGGAGACUAGAAACAAUAAUAGUCUGGACUAUGAGGAUGCCAAGGAUCUGCCCAUAGAGCUACGUCGCCUUGAAGAUUUUGAAGACUUUCCCGAUCCGCCGCUCUCAGCUGGCCUCAAAUCUCGCAGUCUUGGCAGCAUUCUUCACACACCCCCUCGUCAAAUAGUGCGCUCUCGCUCGAGUGUGCCGAGCCUUGGGGGUCCCCUGGUGCCUUGCGAGACUAAGGCCAGCGCGACAGCUGCUCUGCUUCUCAGUGCUCCCGAGGCGCAAUUGCAGCUCAAUGGACGCCAGUCACCUCCGAGUACGUCCAGUGCGGGCAGCACGCUCAGCCGUCGUCCGAAGCUCAUCAAGCAGAAGCAGUCGCUCUGUGAGGACGACAUUAACCAACACCUGGACGAUCCAAACGGCUCCCCCUCAAAUUCCACUGCCUCCUUUCAAAUGCUCAGCAGCUACAACAGCGCCAGCGGCGGCGUCAGCAGUAGCCUCUACACGCGCACCGGUUGCUAUGCGUCCAGUUAUCAUCAGCAAGCCUCUUCGACGGCCUCUCCUCCGACUGGAGCUGAAGAAAAUGGGGGUACUGCUGCUCCUGCUAGUUUGCCCAGUUUUCUGCGAAAGCAGAGUUCCCUCAAUGAGGAGCUGAUGGCCGAAAAUCGACUGAGGGAUAAGGAGCGCGUACGCAAACGUAUUCAGAAGCAGACCUCACUCAAUGAGGCCUUUCUCUGCCGCUCGGCAUUGUUCUCCAAGCGGCUGCAAAUGAUACGCGAAGGGCUCACCACCAAAAUUAAAAGCUCCACCGGCAGUCUGGAGCGUGUGACCAAGACGGGCAUCACAAAGCUCAUACAGAAUAUCAAAUGCUCCCCUCCGCCGCAAACACAACCCCCCAGCCCCGGCAGUCAGCAGCAGCAGCAACAACAACAACAGCAGCAGCAGCAGCAGCAGUCGAACAACAACAACAGUAAGCAACAGAUGGCAUCCCCAGCAACGCACACACAUCCGCAUCAGCAUCACCAUCAUCAUCAUCUGACGGGCAACUCUGGCAGCCUGUUUCCAGCGCAUCUGCUGCUGUCCGACGCUUCGAGUGGUCCAGUGAGCUACUGCAGCAUCGUGGACUGCAGUGCAGAGAACAUUUGCCACUGCAGCGCCUAUCAGCAGGACUGCGCCGCCUGUGCGGAUAGCGAGCAGGCGAAGGCACGUCGGCAUUCGCGGGAGUCCGGCUCAGACUCCUCCAAGGACAGCAGCCUGCAAUCGGACACGAGCAUUGAGUCAGAGGAUAGCUUCGCUUCGGUCAUAUUUAUACCCAAACCGGAGCAGCAUCAGCAGCAGCUCAACUAUCAGCAACAGCAUCAGAACUCCAAUUCCAGUUCCAGUAACUCCAGUUCCAGCAAUGGAACUGCCGCCCAGACAGCACUUGCCGUCGGUGCAACAGGGGCAAUAACAACAACAGCAACCACAACAGCUGCCACACCCGGCAGCCAUUUAGCACGUGUGCCUCCCACGAACUCAGUGCCAACCUCACCGCUAAUAAUGCCCUGUCCCCCGACACCCGCUCACUCGCCAGCGGCCAUUCUGGGCACGGUCACAUCGCCUCCACAGUCCACGGCAGCUGUGACGGCGGCAAUGGCCAUUUUUACGCCAGCUGCAAAGCCAGCGCGUUUCAGCUUUGAUGAGGCUCACAUCAAGGAGCAGCGGGAGCAACAACAGCCAGCAGCAGCAGCAACAACAACAGCUGCAACAACUGCAGCAACAACAACAGAAACAAUAGCAACAGCAGCAACUACAACUACAACUACAACCGCACACAAGAUAACGCGACAAACGAUCCGGGAGAUGCCACCCAUACCCAAGUUCCGGAAGCAACAGUCGCUGCAGCUGCAACGCCAGAGUUUUCCCAUUGUGCGACGAGCGUCGGGAUCUGGCAUGGCGGGCAGCAGCUCCAAGCUGCUAUCCCUGGAACUGUUCAAUCCGGCCACCGAUGAUCUGGAUAGCGACUCUAGUGAGCCCUCAUCACCGGACUCUAUUGACAGUGUGAUCAGCGCUCCACGCUCGGCACAGCUUAUAUCGGCGACCAGCACCGGAACAGGCAAAUCCAGCGAUGAAUCUGACACGGCGCUGGCCCAGCUCAUAAGUAUCACUCAGAAGCAGUACCACAACGGCGAGCUGCAUGUCAACAGUUCCACGCCCAAUGCCAAUGAUAUUAUACUUAAUGCGGACAGUGCUUCGUUGCUGCCGGAGAAGCGUGAGUCUGGCCAGGCACAGGGUCAACGACCGCAGGACUGCAACGAGUUUGCCGAGCAACUGACCGCACAACUUCAGCGUGAACUGGAUGACAAGUUUAAUCGCGCCGAAUGCCGAAGUCUGGAUGGGAUUGGUGACAUUGGCGAGUUUCUGAGUGGCGGUCGCAGCUCCAAGAAACGUUCCAAUGGCGAUUUAAGUGCAUUGCGUGAUGAGCUGCGCGAGCGUCGUCUAAUGCUGGCCAAUCUAUCCACUCAACCGAGUUUGCAGCAGUCGCCCAAUUCAUCGUCCACUUCAUCGCUGUCCUCGCAAACGAGAAGCUUCACCAUACAUGAGGAGCAGGAGGGUGAGGAGGAGGAGGAUGAGGAAAAUGAACGCAGCUACACGCUUGGCAUCUAUGAGCACUGCAAGCUCUCGAAAUUCAAAUACAAGCGCAAUCGCCACUAUAAUCUCAACCCGGAGACGGCCUAUCUCCUAGAGGAAGAUGGUGACAGCGAUGUGCGGGAUGAUGAAGACCACAUACUUGAGGAAGAUGAAGAUGCCGAGGUGCUGGAAGCACGUGGCGGCGAUCAACUAGGCGAGGGAAUGCACGAAUACGGACAACGAAGGCGUAACCUUAGCACCAUCAAGUCGGUGACAUCCAGUGCCUCUAGCUCCACAGAAACUGUGUCGACAACAUCGCAAACACAACAUCAAGAGCAGUCACUGCAGCAGCGCAACUCCACCGAGUCCCUGGAGCACUCGAAUAGCUCAAACACCUCGCUGGAUAGUCCCUCUCAGGGUGGUGGCGCCACCACGCAUCAUCGGUUUUAUCACGUGUUCCGUGAGGGUGAACUGGAUGCGUUGAUUAAUCAUCAUGUGGCAAGUCUGCAUAUCGUUAGCUCCUACUAUGAGCGAGCCAGCUGGUGUAUUGUGGCCGAGAAGGUGCAGGUGUGGACGAUCUAAGUUAAGAACCUAUGAAAAA